AUGGGGACCCUCAGCUGCGACCCAGCGGCCAGGCUGGCCUCAGUGCCCGUGGCCCGACGGGUGGCUGAGGGCCACAUUCCGGAGACCGGGCUGAGGAAGUCCUGUGGGAUGGCCACCCUGGAGAAUGGCUCCGGACCUGGCCUGUACAUCCUUCCAUCCACCGUUGGCUAUGUCAAUCACGAUUGCACCAAGGUAGCCAGUCCCGCCUACUCGCUCGCUCGGAGGCCCAGUGAAGCACCUCUUCAGGAUUCCAGCCCAGGACCUGUCUAUUUCUUGGACCCCAAAGUUACUCGAUUUGGCCGUAGCUGUCCCCCUGCCUACUCCAUGCAGGGCCGGGGCAAGGUUCGAGGUCUGGAGGUGACACCAGGCCCUGGGGCCUACAGCCCAGAGAAAGCGCCCCCGGUACGCCAGCGGAACCCCCCAGCUUUCACUCUGGGCUCCCGUCUCCGACAGAAGCCCCCGGACGCCUCUGUUCCCGCCCCCAAUGCCUACACCAUGCCACCCCUCUGGGGGUCACAGAUCUUUAUCAAGCCUAGCAGCCCCAGUUACACAGUUGUGGGCCGCACGCCCCCAGCACGCCCCCCUCAGGAUCCCUCAGAGAUUCCAGGCCCUGGGCAGUACGAGAGUCCUGACCCCAACACCUACCGACAGCGUAGGCCGGCCUUCAGCACUGGGAGACCCCGAACCCCGCGGCCCCUGGAGGAGACACCUGGUCCUGGUACCCACAACCCAGAACAGGUCACCGUGAAUCGGGCCCGGGCUCCAGCAUACACCAUGGGCAUCCGUCAUUCAAAGCGGGCAUCUACCAUGGCAGGGUACACCAAAUACUGAUGGCUGCCCGGCACAGGGAGCUGGGGCCCUUUCUGGGCCUAGCUUCUUCAGAAUGGGGCAAAGAGGUGCCUCCCUCCCCUUCUGCAGUCCGAGGUCCUUGGAGGCCACUUGAUCUCUCUGUCCCUGGCGCCUGUGACCCAAGGCCCCAUCCAGGGUGAGGGUGAGCCUCCCUCCAGGGCCCCAGUUUCUUUUCCCAGGUCAAGCCAGGCCAGGGAGAAGUGUCCCUUCCCCUGGCUGGACAGGGAGCUGUGUGUCCUAGAAUUCAACAUCUAGGCCACUUGGGUUUCUGCAGAUGAGGCAGGAGACUUCUCCUGGAGGUGGCCCUGAUGCCUCUGCCCUCUCUACACCACCCUCUAGAGUUGCUUGCCAAUAAAUCGCCCACCAACAGCUGGCA